GAGGACUAUCGCCGCCUGGAGGGCCGCUCUCCCCGCGCCCUGCGUGCGCGGCCGCUCGCUCGGCUGGCCGGCCUUCGGGAGUGCAGGCGGGCGGCGGAGAUGGAGUGAUAGGGAAGAUGUUUGUGGAUUUUUCUGUGGGAUCAGAGGCCACAACUAUUGUACCCAGAGAACUCCACGUUUAACAGCAGGGAUGGAUGAACAGGCUCUCUUAGGGCUAAAUCCAAAUGCUGACUCAGACUUCAGACAACGGGCCCUGGCCUAUUUUGAGCAGUUAAAGAUUUCCCCAGAUGCCUGGCAAGUGUGUGCAGAAGCUCUAGCACAGAGAACAUACAGUGAUGAUCACAUAAAGUUUUUCUGCUUUCAAGUAUUAGAACAUCAAGUUAAAUACAAAUAUUCAGAACUAACCUCUGUUCAACAACAGCUAAUUAGGGAGACACUGAUAUCGUGGCUUCAAGCUCAGAUGCUGAAUCCCCAACCAGAGAAGACUUUUAUAAGAAAUAAAGCAGCCCAAGUCUUCGCCUUGCUUUUUGUUACAGAAUAUCUCACUAAAUGGCCCAAGUUUUUUUUUGAUAUUCUCUCAGUUGUGGACCUAAACCCUAAGGGAGUAGAUUUGUACCUCCGAAUCCUCAUGGCCAUUGAUUCUGAGUUGGUGGAUCGUGAUGUGGUCCAUACAUCAGAGGAGGCUCGUAGGAAUACUUUGAUAAAAGAUACUAUGAGGGAACAGUGCAUUCCAAAUCUGGUGGAAUCGUGGUACCAAAUCUUACAAAAUUACCAGUAUACAAAUUCAGAAGUGACAUGUCAGUGCCUUGAAGUAGUUGGGGCUUAUGUCUCUUGGAUAGAUUUAUCCCUUAUAGCCAAUGAUAGGUUUAUAAAUAUGCUGCUAGGUCAUAUGUCAGUAGAAGUUCUACGGGAGGAAGCAUGUGACUGUUUAUUUGAAAUUGUAAAUAAAGGAAUGGACCCUAUUGAUAAGAUGAAGCUAGUAGAAUCCUUGUGUCAAGUAUUACAGACUGCUGGGUUUUUCAGCAUUGACCAGGAAGAAGAUGUGGAUUUCCUGGCAAGAUUUUCUAAGCUGGUAAAUGGAAUGGGACAGUCAUUGAUAGUUAGCUGGACUAAAUUAAUUAAGAAUGGAGAUAUCAAGAAUGCUCAAGAGGCACUCCAGGCUAUCGAGACAAAAGUGGCACUUAUGUUACAGCUGCUAGUUCAUGAGGAUGAUGACAUUUCUUCUAACAUUAUUGGGUUUUGUUAUGAUUAUCUUCAUAUUUUGAAACAGCUUACAGUGCUCUCAGAUCAGCAAAAAGCUAAUGUAGAGGCAAUCAUGUUGGCCGUAAUGAAAAAACUGACUUACGAUGAAGAAUAUAACUUUGAAAAUGAGGGUGAAGAUGAAGCCAUGUUUGUAGAAUAUAGAAAACAACUAAAGUUACUGUUGGACAGACUUGCUCAAGUUUCACCAGAGUUACUGCUGGCUUCUGUUCGCAGAGUUUUUAGUGCCACACUGCAGAACUGGCAGACUACACGGUUUAUGGAAGUUGAAGUAGCAAUAAGAUUGCUGUAUAUGUUGGCAGAAGCUCUUCCAGUGUCCCAUGGUGCUCACUUCUCAGGUGAUGUUUCAAAAGCUAGUGCUUUGCAGGAUAUGAUGCGAACUUUGGUAACAUCAGGCGUUAGUUCCUAUCAGCAUACAUCUGUGACACUGGAGUUCUUUGAAACUGUUGUUAGAUAUGAAAAAUUUUUCACAGUUGAACCUCAACACAUUCCGUGUGUAUUAAUGGCCUUCCUGGAUCACAGGGGUCUGCGGCAUUCUAGUGCUAAAGUCCGGAGCAGAACUGCCUACUUAUUUUCUAGAUUUGUCAAAUCUCUCAAUAAACAAAUGAAUCCUUUCAUUGAGGAUAUUUUGAAUAGAAUACAAGAUUUAUUAACCCUUUCUCCACCUGAGAAUGGUUACCAGUCCUUAUUGAGUAGCGAUGAUCAACUAUUUAUUUAUGAAACAGCUGGAGUGCUGAUUGUUAAUAGUGAAUACCCAGCAGAAAGGAAGCAAGGAUUAAUGAGGAAUCUGUUGACUCCACUAAUGGAAAAGUUUAAAAUUCUGUUGGAAAAACUGAUGCUGGCACAAGAUGAAGAAAGACAAGCAUCUCUUGCAGAUUGUCUCAACCAUGCUGUUGGAUUUGCCAGUCGAACCAGCAAAGCUUUCAGCAACAAGCAGACUGUGAAACAGUGUGGCUGCUCCGAAGUUUAUCUGGACUGUUUGCAGACGUUCCUGCCAGCCCUCAGUUGUCCCUUACAAAAGGAUAUUCUUAGAAGUGGAGUUCGCACAUUCCUUCAUCGAAUGAUUAUUUGCCUUGAGGAAGAAGUUCUUCCAUUCAUCCCAUCUGCCUCAGAACACAUGCUCAAAGACUGUGAAGCAAAAGACCUCCAGGAAUUCAUUCCACUAAUCAACCAGAUUACAGCCAAAUUUAAGAUUCAGGUAUCCCCAUUUCUACAACAGAUGUUCAUGCCCCUGCUUCAUGCAAUUUUUGAAGUUCUGCUCCGGCCGGCAGAAGACAAUGACCAGUCUGCAGCGUUAGAGAAGCAGAUGUUGCGGAGGAGCUAUUUUGCCUUUCUGCAGACUGUCACUGGCAGUGGAAUGAGCGAAGUUAUCGCAAAUCAAGGUGCAGAGAACGUAGAACGAGUGCUGGUUACCGUCAUCCAAGGAGCAGUUGAGUACCCAGAUCCUAUUGCCCAGAAAACAUGCUUCAUCAUCCUCUCAAAGCUUGUGGAGCUCUGGGGAGGUAAAGAUGGACCAGUGGGAUUUGCUGAUUUUGUUUAUAAGCACAUUGUCCCUGCAUGUUUCCUAGCGCCUUUAAAACAAACCUUUGACCUGGCAGAUGCACAAACAGUAUUGGCACUUUCUGAAUGCGCCGUGACAUUGAAAACAAUUCAUCUCAGACGGGGUCCAGAAUGUGUUCAGUAUCUCCAACAAGAAUACCUGCCGUCUUUACAAGUGGCUCCAGAAAUAAUUCAGGAGUUCUGUCAAGCACUUCAGCAGCCUGAUGCUAAAGUUUUUAAAAAUUACCUAAAGGUAUUCUUCCAGAGAGCAAAGCCCUAAGAACUGGAUUUCCUUGUGCCUAUUUCUUGAUCAAGAAUUCCAAUUAAUUUAUAAAGAAACAGGUUUACGUGUGCCAUCCUCACUCAUCCUUUUAACAUUGUUCUGAGCUUACUGCAGUGUAUGUAUGGGGAUUUUUCUGUAAAAUGGGUGUGAAUUGCCCCUAAUUCAGGUAUGUGACAACAAGAAAAGUUGCUUGCAUGCCAACUCAAAUUGUUCUGUAUACAAAUGCUGUUAAAGACAGAGCAGAGCUAUCCUAGUACCUUAAUUUUCUUUAUUUGAAACUUUAAGACCUUUAUAAAAAUUAUAGCAGUGGAAAACUGUACUUUUUAAAAAAAUGCUUAAUGUAAAGUUUGAAAAUUUAUAAUUUUAUGUGUGCAUACACAUAAGGUAUGGGGGUAAUACAAUCAAAACUAAUUUUUUUUGUAGAUAGCCAUUACAUUUCUUUAAACUGGUUCAAUGCCAAUAUGUAUUCUACAAGAAACUGGGCACAUAAAUUAAUUGAUUUAAAAGUAGGUGUCAGUGUUACACAUUUUUAUAAAAAAAUAAUAAAUUUUAUGUAGUGAAAUCAACCAAGUCUUUUCUGGAAUUAUUAUGCAUACUUUUUAACCUCAUUUUCCCACCAGUCACUCCAGUUUCUCAUUCAAAGUUGUGCAAAUAGGUGUGUGGAUGCUGUACUUCAUUUACUGUGCUCCCAAAGGUAGCAUGGCAAUUUAGCUCUGGUAAGUCUUUUAAAAGCACUGGAAACAGGCUGUGUGAAUCUGCUGAUAGAAUUAUAAGUCCCAGUUUUUCUUCUGAUGUUAGAUAUACUUGAAGCACACUGUACCUAUGAGUCUAUGAUGUUUGUAAAUACCAGCUGGAUUACAACUGGAGAAAGCAAGAGAAAAAAUAAUAGCAUCCCUAGUAGCACUGCAAGAGAAAGAGAACAUUAGAGCAGAAUAACUACAGGCAUUUUAAGUUUAAACUUUAAAAGCCCAUUUAGGAUUUUAAGGGGAGGUCUGUUGGUAGACCUAAAUGUAGAGCAUUUGCUCCAUGCCUAAAUUUGAUCCCCUGACGCCACCAAAAGAGGGAGGGGGACAAAAAGAUUUGCAGUAAGGGUUUGUUUUGGUUUGUACCUUGGACAUGUGUUGCUUGCAGUUUAGUAGAUGAGUUUCAGUGGCCUGUAAAUUCCCUAAAAUUUUAAAUUGUGCCCAUGAAUCUAAUUCCUGAAAGCAUUUUCCAAAGGCAUUAAACUAAAUGACAGUUAAUUAUCAAAAUAGAUCAGUUAUAUAUAAUAUUCAAUAAAAUGAUUUUUAAAAUGGGCUAAGUGUGCCAGGUGUGAAAGCUCACAUCUUAAUCCCAGCCAAGGCAGGAGGACAUGCAUACCAGGCCAACCUGAGCUGCAGAGUGAAAACUGGGUGUUUGUUUGCUGGACUCUUGUGUACUGUGGAACAGGUAAAUGCAUUUAUUGCCAUAAUAAUAGUUGUUUAAAGUAAACUUAUGAGUAGCAUAGCAGUCAAUAGCUCAUACAACAUGGGCUCUGGACCUCUGUACCUAGAUUAAGGAUGUUCAAACAAUACUUCCACCAGAAACGGAUUUUAAGGCUUCAAGCAAGUUAAAUAGCUUUCCUGUCUUAGUUUCCCUCUCAAAAAUGGGGAAAAUAAUGGUAGUUACCUCACAGCUCAUCAAAAAUUCAAUGACUAGUGCCCAGAAAGACAGCUUACUAAACUAACUGGCAACUGGCACAUAAGCCUUGACAUCAGCAUAUAUACUGUGCUUCAGUCCACACAGAAAAGUACAAUCCCUUUCCCUAUCUAUAUAAAUCCUAUAGCAGAUUCAUGUGUACUUGAAGCUGAGAAUUUGGGACAUGGAAAUCAGACUGUAAAUAAGAAUUAAGCUACAUGUUAUAUAUAGUAAUUCUCAUCCUUAUCCCAAACACCACAAUCAAAAAUCCGUUUCAGGGCUGGAGAGAUGGCUUAGCGAUUAAGCGCUUGCCUGUGAAGCCUAAGGACCCAGAUUCAAGGCUCGAUUCCCCGGGACCCAUGUUAGCCAGGUGCACAAGGGGGCGCACGCAUCUGGAGUUCCUUUGCAGUGGCUGGAGGUCCUGGCGCACCCAUUCUCUAUAUCUGCCUCUUUCUCUGUCUCUUUCAAAUAAAUGAAUAAAAUAAUUUUUUAAAAAUCCGUUUCACUAUUAAGAGCCAUCUUUCUAAAAGGAAGCACCAAAAUAAUUAUCUCAAGUGAAUCUCACUUUAGGGUGAGAAAAGUGAGGAAAAAGACGUAAGGAAGACAUACAGGGUUUUGUAUGACUUACUAUGCUGUCUGACUAAGUCUUAUACCUGUUUGUUUCAAUUUAUGCUAAUGUCAGCUACACCUUUUAAGAAAGUAGUACCUAGUGGUAUUUUAAUGUGCAUCACAUAUAACGAAGUCCUUUGGCUGUGACAUUUCCUCCCAGUACUUUUGGACUGUGGGUUUUACUGUUGGAUGGAACUUUUUGGUGGGCAUUCAGUCCUGACAUUCAGUAUCAGAACUGAAAUUGGUGUUAGUUGUAAGCGGUAAACACGUUUGCUGUUACAACGAUUUCAUCACUUAAAUGUUUAAAAUUGUAAUAAAACAGCUUCCUUUCUAA